AUGGCUGGUGCUUCUUCGUCUGCAGUGUUCUUUGGAAUGAGAGAAGACGAUCAAAAUCAGAUGAAACCACAGCAUUCUUCAGUACCAACUUCAUCAACAAACCCAACUCCAGCUCCCCAGAAGAAGAGAAGAAAUCAAGCUGGAACUCCAUAUCCAGAUGCAGAGGUUAUUGCGCUAUCUCCCAAGACCCUAAUGGCUACAAACAGGUUUGUGUGUGAGGUAUGCAGCAAAGGAUUCCAGAGGGAGCAAAACCUACAGCUUCACAGAAGAGGACACAACCUGCCUUGGAAGCUAAAGCAGAAGACUACAAAAGAGGUGAGACGGAAGGUCUAUCUGUGUCCUGAGCCCACAUGCGUCCACCAUGACUCUUCAAGAGCUCUUGGCGACCUCACUGGAAUUAAGAAACACUACUCUAGAAAACAUGGUGAGAAGAAGUAUAAGUGUGAGAAGUGCUCUAAGAAAUAUGCUGUGCAGUCUGAUUGGAAAGCCCAUUCAAAAACAUGUGGUACUAGAGAAUACAGAUGUGACUGUGGCACUCUUUUCUCAAGGCGUGACAGUUUUAUCACUCAUAGGGCCUUCUGUGAUGCACUGGCUGAAGAGACUGCAAGACAUCCAUCCACCUUGAGCACCAUUGCCAGCCAUUUGUAUGGAACUGGAAGCAGCAACAUGAGCUUGGGGUUAACUCAAAUGGGUCCCCAAGUUUCUUCAAUUCAAGAUCAGAACCAAACACCUAAUGAUAUGCUCCGACUUGGUGGUGCUCGGACAGGUCAAUUCGAGUCUCUUAUCGGACAGUCUGUUGGUUCAGCAUUCAGACCUACCCAAACUAUGCCUUCAUCUGCUUUCUUCAUGCAAGAAUCAAACCAACGCAGCCAUGAAGAAAACCAAUCUCAACUUGGAUUAUUUCCAAANAAGUGUGAGAAGUGCUCUAAGAAAUAUGCUGUGCAGUCUGAUUGGAAAGCCCAUUCAAAAACAUGUGGUACUAGAGAAUACAGAUGUGACUGUGGCACUCUUUUCUCAAGGCGUGACAGUUUUAUCACUCAUAGGGCCUUCUGUGAUGCACUGGCUGAAGAGACUGCAAGACAUCCAUCCACCUUGAGCACCAUUGCCAGCCAUUUGUAUGGAACUGGAAGCAGCAACAUGAGCUUGGGGUUAACUCAAAUGGGUCCCCAAGUUUCUUCAAUUCAAGAUCAGAACCAAACACCUAAUGAUAUGCUCCGACUUGGUGGUGCUCGGACAGGCCAAUUCGAGUCUCUUAUGGGACAGUCUGUUGGUUCAGCAUUCAGACCUACCCAAACUAUGCCUUCAUCUGCUUUCUUCAUGCAAGAAUCACACCAACGCAGCCAUGAAGAAAACCAAUCUCAACUUGGAUUAUUUCCAAGCAAGCCAUUUCAUGGACUAAUGCAACUUUCUGAUCUUCAGAAUAGUUCAAACAACCCUCCUGCUGCCAAUCUGUUUAAUCUCGGUUUCUUUUCGAACAGCAGCAACAAUAGCAGCAUUGAUAAUGGCAGCAACACGAACAACAAUAACAACAGCAAUAUAUCAUCUUCAAGCUUACUGAUUCCGAAUCAGUUCAACAAUGGACAUGCUAGUGGUAGCAGUGGUGAAGGGACAGGGUCCAACAUAUUCUCUGGUAAUCUUGUGGGUGAUCAUAUGAGUUCUGGCUUCGCUUCUUUUUAUAACCCAUCAGCUCAAAACCACAAUGUUGCUCCACAUAUGUCUGCAACUGCACUGCUUCAAAAAGCUGCUCAAAUCGGAUCAACCUCAAGCAACCAUGGGGCCUCUUUGCUGAAAGGGUUUGGAAGCUCCUCCUCAGGGGGCGGAAAAUCGGAUCGCCCCCUUGCAGCCGCCAACUUCGGCAGCGGUUUUGGCGAAAACAAUGGAAAUAAUCUCCAUGACCUAAUGAAUUCCCUUGCUAGUGGUGGCUCCUCCAUUUUUGGAGGUGGGUCUGGAGGGAUUAAUACAUAUGGUGGGCAUGGACAAGAGGAACAUUAUGGUGGAUACAAUGAAAAUAAACUUAAUUUGGAACAACCACCACAAAACAACCAUAGCCCAAGUUUCGGAAACAUGGACCAAACCAAGCUGCACCAGAAUGUCAAUGUUACUGUUGGGGGCUCCGAUGGACUGACUAGAGAUUUUCUUGGGGUAGGGGAGAUAGUGAGAUGCAUGAGUGGUGGGUUUUCACAGAGAGAGCAGCAACGUGGGAUUGAUAUGAGCUCAUUGGAUUCAGAACCCAAGACUGCGCCGAAAAGCCAAUCUUUUGGAGGUGGGAACUUUCACUGA